UCCCGUGCUCUCUGAGGAUUCACUGUCUCUGAUGAUCCCGGUGGAGGCCUGUGUGAACUUGGAUUUUGGAAAAAUCGUUGUUGCGAGUCCGUUGGUUAUCGUGACCGUCUCUUCCUUGGCUUCCGACCAAUCCUCUGGGGUGAAGUCUGUCCGACGUUCAUCUGCCCCCGUAGAUUGAAGUCAAUGGUGGCGAUGCAUGACUUUGCUGCAAGGACAGGCUCCAUCCAUUGCUGCAGGGAGCUUUGUGUCUACAGGCUGUAUCCACCAGUUUCCAGUUGUUGUUAUCCAUUGCUGGGGAAAGAGGAGGGAAAAAACUCCCAUUGGCCGGUCGGGUCAAUCGGGCUUGGCGCCGCAUGGUCUCAAAAAGUGGGUAGAGCUUAGUCUCGGUGGAAUAGGGGGGCAUCCUGUGAGAUGGAAAAAUUUUCUUGCUUUCUUGCUUGCUUGUUUGCUCGGCUUGCUUGCUGGGUUUUCCAGCGGUGAAAAACAAUCGAAAAAAGGAAACGGGCAAAAGAGCGGGAAGAAAUUCAACCUGCCUGGGGGUCUGGUGUGUUUGAAUUAAACAUGCUCCACUGUUCUGGAGCAGCGGCGUUGACCACGCAGGGUUCCUCAACGGCACAAACGGGACAAGUGCAUGUAGUGAGUGGUUACAGUGGUUUUUGAGGAAGGAUAUUACAGUACGGAGUA